AACCCAUUAUGUAAUAAGUAAAUGCAAUGCUGGUAGGAGGAAUGAGGAAAAAGAUUAAAAAGAGGAAGAUUCCCAAAACAAUGCUCGGGUGUGGUGAAAUAAUCCUCUUGACCCCCCUGAUAUUUCAGGUAUUUCAUCAGUAAUACCUAAGUAAACAUAAAACUACAAGUUGGUGCCUGCAGUCACACUGUAUAAAGUUCUUGUCACUCCUCCCCUACAACCUACAACUCAGCUCCCCUUUGCUGGCUACUUUCAUCGGCAGCACAUAAAAGACUGAACCAGAGUACAGUAUUUCAUACGUUGCUGCAGAUCACAAGGCAAAGGAAAUUACAAUCAAAAUCCAAUAAACUGAAGAAUGGAUCCCAGCCAGUUUUCCAAUCAGCCUCCAGAGGCCUAUAAUUCAUCUGCGAAAUCAGGGUUGCCUGCAGCAGCACCACCAGCAUACCAGCAUAAUCCUGCUGGAUAUCCUCCUUCCUUUCCAAACCAGCCGGUCCCCCAGGGGCCAUAUCCAGGACAGCCUGUGGUCACUGUGCAGUCUGCAGUUUUUGUGACCGCUGCUCCACUGGCUGAUCCAGUGCCAGAUUACCUGGGUUACUCCAUCUUUACCAUGCUGUGCUGUUGCUUACCUCUGGGCAUUGCUGCGCUGAUUUACUCCAUCUCUACUCGAGAUGCCAACUACUCAGGACAGCGAGAAUUAGCAGAGAAGAACUCCAAAAUGGCACGCACCCUGAACCACAUCGGCCUUGGUAUUGGCCUCGUUGUCAUUGUAUUGGUCAUUAUCAGCCAGAUUGUGAUUUGGACUAAUAGAUAAAAGUUGCUAGAGCUGACAUGGUUGGACGCAGAUUACAAACAGAUUUGUUUUUCUGUAUUUUAAAUGUUACUUGCUCAAUUUCUCAUUACUCUAGUAUGCGUUAAGGCUGAUUGUUGUAUGUUUAAACCAAUGAAAGCUACCACACAGUUUCUAUAAUGUGUUGUUCAGAUGUUUUGCUUAUGUGACA